UCGGCAAAGAAAGCAGUUGAACAGCGGACGUGGUUGAGAGUAGACCAAGUGGUCAAAUUAGCUCCUACUAUAUAAGACUCCCUUUUACCAGAAGCAGUCAGUGUGUCCCGUGGAUUUAUCAUCAAAAGGUUAUCGCUAGAGUCUCCUGAGGGAAUGAGAGAAGCCUUGUGAAUAUUUGGUGAAGCAACAGCAACAGCUUGGUCUCCUGAGUCUCUCCUUUUGCUUUCAUCGCCUUCAGUGAGGCAGAAAGAGAUGGGGAACGGAUUAUCAGAGCCUCACGCCAUCUUCCCCUGCCUGCCAUCUUUUCAGGCACUGCAUAUUGUUAUUCUUGGUUUGGACUGUGCUGGUAAAACCACAGUAUUGUACAGACUUCGCUUCAAUGAGUUUGUGAACACUGUCCCCACCAAAGGCUUUAACACUGAGAAGAUCAAAGUGGCUUUGGGAAGCAAGGGCCGGACAGCAGCCUUCCAUUUCUGGGAUGUUGGGGGACAGGAGAAGCUCCGACCGCUUUGGCGGUCGUACACGCGUUGUGCGGACGGACUGGUUUUCGUAGUGGACUCUGUGGAUGUCGAGCGAAUGGAGGAGGCUAAAACGGAACUGCACAAGAUCACGCGGCUACAGGAGAACCAAGGCGUGCCAGUGCUGGUGGUGGCAAACAAACAGGACCUACGUAGCGCCCUGGCGCUCGGCGAAGUGGAACGGCUACUGGCACUGAGCGAGCUGGGCGCCCACACGCCGUGGCACCUGCAGCCCGCCUGUGCCAUCAUCGGGGAAGGCCUGCAGGAAGGCCUAGAGAGACUCCAUGCCAUGAUCGUCAAACGGAGGAAGAUGAUGAGGCAACAGAAAAGAAAAAGAUGACUCUGAGAGACAGAGGGUUGAGAGAGAGAGAGAGGCACAUCAGAGGAGGGGUUCACUCUGGCCUCUGGGCAGGGCAUGCUGGUGACACAGGCUCUCAGCUUAGCGGUGUGGCAUAUUGGUGGAUUGAUUGAUUUGAUUUUUUUUUUUU